AAAAAAAGAGGAUAAGUUCUCAGUAGGGGCAGGCCUGCCUACCUGGGGGUUUGGGAAUGAACUGGGGGAUAGGCUGCGGGGGUUUCACGUGAAACCAGGAGGUCUAGAAAGCACAGGGAUCCUCUCCUCAAGGAAGAACUUGCCCCCUCCCCCAAAGCCAAGAGUGCCCCUGCAGAGCGAGGCAGAGAGCAACUAAAAGAAAUUUCUCCUGAUUGGAGGGUGGGUGGGAUGAGGCUGGGGGAGGGGGCCGGGGUGUGUGUCCCACUGUCAUGUAAAUAUCCCUUCCAGGCAGGGCGGCUCCAGUGCAGAUUUAAGCCGCUGGCACCUGGGGCAGUCUCAGUGUUCAGCCUGCUUCCGGACGGGCGAGGAGACUCGUGGUCUGGUUCUGGGACUUCCCUAACAGCAUGGCCCCUAAACGCCAGUCUCCACUCCCGCCUCAAAAGAAGAAACCAAGACCACCUCCUGCUCUGGGACCGGAGGAGACAUCGGCCUCUGCAGGCUUGCCGAAGAAGGGAGAAAAAGAACAGCAAGAAGCGAUUGAACACAUUGAUGAAGUACAAAAUGAAAUAGACAGACUUAAUGAACAAGCCAGUGAGGAGAUUUUGAAAGUAGAACAGAAAUAUAACAAACUCCGCCAACCAUUUUUUCAGAAGAGGUCAGAAUUGAUCGCCAAAAUCCCAAAUUUUUGGGUAACAACAUUUGUCAACCAUCCACAAGUGUCUGCACUGCUUGGGGAGGAAGACGAAGAGGCACUGCAUUAUUUGACCAGAGUUGAAGUGACAGAAUUUGAAGAUAUUAAAUCAGGUUACAGAAUAGAUUUUUAUUUUGAUGAAAAUCCUUACUUUGAAAAUAAAGUUCUCUCCAAAGAAUUUCAUCUGAAUGAGAGUGGUGAUCCAUCUUCGAAGUCCACCGAAAUCAAAUGGAAAUCUGGAAAGGAUUUGACGAAACGUUCAAGUCAAACGCAGAAUAAAGCCAGCAGGAAGAGGCAGCAUGAGGAACCAGAGAGCUUCUUUACCUGGUUUACUGACCAUUCUGAUGCAGGUGCUGAUGAGUUAGGAGAGGUCAUCAAAGAUGAUAUUUGGCCAAACCCAUUACAGUACUACUUGGUUCCCGAUAUGGAUGAUGAAGAAGGAGAAGGAGAAGAAGAUGAUGAUGAUGAUGAAGAGGAGGAAGGAUUAGAAGAUAUUGACGAAGAAGGGGAUGAGGAUGAAGGUGAAGAAGAUGAAGAUGAUGAUGAAGGGGAGGAAGGAGAGGAGGAUGAAGGAGAAGAUGACUAAAUAGAACACUGAUGGAUUCCAACCUUCCUUUUUUUAAAUUUUCUCCAGUCCCUGGGAGCAAGUUGCAGUCUUUUUUUUUUUUUUUUUUUUUUUUUUUUUUCCCUCUUGUGCUCAGUCGCCCUGUUCUUGAGGUCUCUUUUCUCUACUCCAUGGUUCUCAACUUAUUUGGGGGGAAAUACCUUGAGCAGAAUACAAUGGGAAAAGAGUCUCUACCCCUUUCUGUUCGAAGUUCAUUUUUAUCCCUUUCUGUCUGAACAAAAACUGUAUGGAAUCAACACCACCGAGCUCUGUGGGAAAAAAGAAAAACCUGCUCCCUUCGCUCUGCUGGAAGCUGGAGGGUGCUAGGCCCCUGUGUAGUAGUGCAUAGAAUUCUAGCUUUUUUCCUCCUUUCUCUGUAUAUUGGGCUCAGAGAGUACACUGUGUCUCUAUGUGAAUAUGGACAGUUAGCAUUUACCAACAUGUAUCUGUCUACUUUCUCUUGUUUAAAAAAAGAAAAAAAAAACUUAAAAAAAUGGGGUUAUAGAAGGUCAGCAAAGGGUGGGUUUGAGAUGUUUGGGUGGGUUAAGUGGGCAUUUUGACAACAUGGCUUCUCCUUUGGCAUGUUUAAUUGUGAUAUUUGACAGACAUCCUUGCAGUUUAAGAUGACACUUUUAAAAUAAAUUCUCUCCUAAUGAUGACUUGAGCCCUGCCACUCAAUGGGAGAAUCAGCAGAACCUGUAGGAUCUUAUUUGGAAUUGACAUUCUCUAUUGUAAUUUUGUUCCUGUUUAUUUUUAAAUUUUCUUUUUGUUUCACUGGAAAGGAAAGAUGAUGCUCAGUUUUAAACGUUAAAAGUGUACAAGUUGCUUUGUUACAAUAAAACUAAAUGUGUACACAAAGGAUUUGAUGCUUUUCUCUCAGCAUAGAUAUGCUUACUAUGACCUUCCAAGUUUGACUUGUGUAACAUCACUGUCAAACUUUGUCACCCUAACUUCGUAUUUUUUGAUACGCACUUUGCAGGAUGACCUCAGGGCUAUGUGGAUUGAGUAAUGGGAUUUGAAUCAAUGUAUUAAUAUCUCCAUAGCUGGGAAACGUGGGUUCAAUUUGCCAUUGGUUUCUGAAAGUAUUCACAUCAUUUGGGAUACCAGAUAGCUCAAUACUCUCUGAGUAUGUUGUGCCCUUGAUUUUUAUCUCCAAGUGGCAGUUUUUAAAAUUGGCCUUUUACCUGGAUAUAAAUUAAUUGUGCCUGCCACCACCAUCCAACAGACCUGGUGCUCUAAUGCCAAGUUAUACACGGGACAGUUGCUGGCAUGUCUUCAUUGGCUGUAUAAAAUGUGGCCAAGAAGAUAGGCUCUCAGUAAGAAGUCUGUGAUGGUUAGCAGUAACUGUCCCUGCUUUCUGGUAUAAAGCUCUCAAAUGUGACUAUGUGAAUCUGGGUGGGAUAAUGGACUCAGCUCUGUCUGCUCAAUGCCAUUGUGCAGAGAAGCACCCUAAUGCAUAAGCUUUUUAAUGCUGUAAAAUAUAGUCGCUGAAAUUAAAUGCCACUUUUUCAGAGGUGAAUUAAUGGACAGUCUGGUGAACUUCAAAAGCUUUUUGAUGUAUAAAACUUGAUAAAUGGAACUAUUCCAUCAAUAGGCAAAAGUGUAACAACCUAUCUAGAUGGAUAGUAUGUAAUUUCUGCACAGGUCUCUGUUUAGUAAAUACAUCACUGUAUACCGAUCAGGAAUCUUGCUCCAAUAAAGGAACAUAAAGAUUUUUUUUGGA